UCCAAUCCAUUCCAAUUUCCAAGCACGCCCACGAGAGGGAAGCAAUGAAUCUUGAAUCGGUACUGAGUCCAGCAGCACUACCGUGGAGCUACCUCGCCUGCGGCCUCUUGAGCUUGGCGCUCCUAGUCCUAUGGCCAACCACCCGGCUGCUAGAGCAGCUAUGGUGGCGGCCGAGGCGCCUGGAACGGGCUCUUCGCGCCCAGGGCCUUCGUGGGACGUCCUACAGUUUCCUCCUCGGCGACAUGAGCGACUACGGCAGGCAAAACAAGGAGGCAUGGUCCAAGCCCCUGCCGCUGCGCUGCCACGACAUCGGCGCACACGUCAUGCCUUUCCUCUACAGAACCGUCCAGGAGCACGGCAAGCAGUGCAUCUCCUGGUUCGGUCCGGUUCCCAAGGUGAGCAUCACCGAUCCUAACCUGGUCAGGGAGGUCAUGUCCAACAAGUUUGGGCACAUCCAGAAGGUCAAGUUCCCGGCGCUGUCCAAGCUCCUCGCCGUGGGCGUGGCCACCCACGAGGGCGAGAAAUGGGUCAAGCACAGAAGGAUACUCAACCCUGCGUUCCAUGUCGAGAAGCUCAAGAUCAUGUUGCCCGCCUUCUCUUUGUGUUGUGAAGAGCUUGUUAACAAAUGGACACAGUCCCUUGGUCCCGACGGCUCGUGUGAGGUGGAUGUUUCCUUAGAACUCCAGAGCCUCACCGGAGAUGUCAUCUCACGCACCGCAUUCGGCAGCAGUUAUCUCGAAGGAAGAAGGAUUUUUCAACUCCAGUCUGAGCAGGUCGGGCGGUUCAUGGCAGCCAUUCACAAGAUUAUGAUUCCCGGUUACAUGUCCUUCCCUACUAAAAAUAAUCGAAGGAUGCGUCAAAUUAACAACGAGAUAGAGUCCAUUCUACGAGGUCUAAUUGGGAAAAGGAUGCAAGCUAUGCAAGGAGAGAGCACAAACGAUGACUUACUCGGCUUAUUGCUGGAGUCAAACAAGACAGACAUGAAUGAAAAUGGCCAAUCCAUUCCUGGAAUGUCCAUAGAAGAGGUAAUAGAGGAGUGCAAGUUGUUCUACUUUGCAGGAAUGGAGACGACAUCAAUAUUACUCACAUGGACGAUGGUCGUACUUAGCAUGCACCCAGAGUGGCAGGACCGUGCAAGGGAGGAGGUUCUUGGCCUAUUUGGAAAACAUAAGCUUGACUACGAGGGUCUUAAUCGACUCAAAACCGUGACAAUGAUUCUUUAUGAAGUUCUCCGGUUGUACCCACCGGCUAGUGCGUUCACCCGACAGACAUACAAGGAGAUUGAGAUCGGAGGCGUCACAUACCCGCCUGGCGUGAUUUUCGAGAUGUCCGUGCUGCACAUCCACCACGACAAGGACAUCUGGGGAGACGACGUGCACCAAUUCAGGCCCGAUAGGUUCGCGGAGGGGAUCUCCAAGGCGUCCAAGGAACCGGGAGCAUUUUUCCCUUUCGGAUGGGGGCCACGGAUCUGCAUCGGUCAGAAUUUUGCACUGCUUGAGGCCAAGAUGGCAUUGUGCAUGAUUCUUCGGCGUUUUGAGUUUGAGCUCGCCCCGUCGUAUACACAUGCGCCACAUACCGUAAUGAUGUUGCGUCCCAUGCAUGGUGCUCAAAUUAAGCUACAGGCGACCUCUUCGUAGUAGUAUCACCAUAUACACAUAUUUCAGAACAUAUUUGUUUUUGAGAAUGAUUCACUCUACAUGUAUCAUAUGCACUCUUAUCUUGGCCAUGUAAAAAGGCUUUCCUUGCCUUCUAUCGUAAUAAAGGUCCAACAUGAUUUAGGGCCAUGAUAA